CCGGGGAAGUUCUAGUCUGUUCUGCCUCGCGGCUGCCGCCCCCUUCCACACGGUGUGGCCGAGGGAGCGCCUGUCCCUGCAACCCCGCCGCCGCCUUCGCCGCGCCCGCCGCCUGCCCCCGCUUCCCCGCCAUGGACCCCCGCAAAGUGAGCGAGCUCCGGGCCUUCGUGAAGAUGUGUAGGCAGGACCCGAGCGUCCUGCACAGCGAGGAAAUGCGCUUCCUGCGGGAGUGGGUGGAGAGCAUGGGAGGUAAAAUACCACCUGCUACUCAUAAAACUAAAUCAGAAGAAAAUAAGGAGGAAAAAACAGAUAGAAAGAAGGUGGAGGAAGACAUAAAGACAGAUGAACCAUCAAGUGAGGAAAGUGACCUAGAAAUCGACAAUGAGGGUGUGAUUGAACCAGACACUGACGUCCCUCAAGAAAUGGGAGAUGAAAAUGUAGAGAUAACUGACGAGAUGAUGGAUCAGGCAAAUGACAAAAAAGUGGCUGCUAUUGAUGCCCUAAAUGAUGGUGAACUACAGAAAGCCAUAGACUUGUUCACAGAUGCCAUCAAGCUGAAUCCUCGUUUGGCCAUUCUGUAUGCCAAGAGAGCCAGUGUCUUCAUCAAAUUACAGAAGCCAAAUGCUGCCAUCCGAGACUGUGACAGAGCUAUUGAAAUAAAUCCUGAUUCAGCUCAGCCUUACAAGUGGCGAGGGAAGGCACACAGACUUCUGGGCCACUGGGAGGAAGCAGCCCAUGAUCUUGCCCUUGCAUGUAAAUUGGAUUAUGAUGAAGAUGCUAGUGCAAUGCUGAAAGAAGUUCAACCAAAGGCCCAGAAAAUUGCAGAACAUCGGAGAAAGUAUGAGCGGAAACGGGAAGAGCGAGAGAUCAAAGAAAGAAUGGAAAGGGUUAAGAAGGCUCGGGAAGAACAUGAGAAAGCCCAGAGGGAGGAAGAAGCUAGACGACAAUCAGGAGCUCAGUAUGGCUCUUUUCCAGGUGGCUUUCCUGGGGGAAUGCCUGGUAAUUUUCCUGGAGGAAUGCCUGGAAUGGGAGGAGGCAUGCCUGGAAUGGCAGGAAUGCCUGGGCUCAAUGAAAUUCUUAGUGAUCCAGAGGUUCUUGCAGCCAUGCAGGAUCCAGAAGUUAUGGUGGCCUUCCAGGAUGUGGCUCAGAACCCAGCAAAUAUGUCAAAAUAUCAGAGCAACCCAAAGGUUAUGAAUCUCAUCAGUAAAUUGUCAGCCAAAUUUGGAGGUCAAGCAUAAUGCCCUUCUGACAAAUAAAGCCCUUGCUGAAGGAAAAGCAACUUGGAUCACCCAAUGGAUGUCGCAAUAAUACAAACCAGUGUACCUCUGACCUUCUCAUGAAGAAAGCUGGGGUGCUUUGAAGAGAAUCCCUACCCCUCUGCCCCAAAUGCAGCUGUAACAUUUCACAGUGGUUUGCCAUUAUGGUAUUCGUCCAGAUAAUGUUUUCCUACUAGGAAUUACAAAGUUUAAACACUUUAAACCUUAAAAAUACUUAAAAACAAAUUAAAAGGGUGUGUUAAACCCUACAUUUUUCUUUACUAAUCAUUUUGGUGUUUUCCUUUGAAUUAAUUGGGCAAAAGAUACUUCAGAAUGGAAGAUUUAUUGCUCAGUUAGAGUGAAGUAAAGGUUUAUUAGUGGAAAGCAAAUAUAACAUUUAAAUAAAGCUUGAGUUAGAUAUAUGGCUUACCUCAGUAACCAUAUAUUGUAACCAUUUCGAUUUCUCUUUUUAAAUGCUUUAUUUAAAAAAAAUGAUUUAUUUUGAUAAAACUACUGGGACCUGGGUAGGGACUGGAAGUACUAGGCAGGGCAGCAGCAAUCUUACUACAUUUUAUAUAACACGUACCCUUGUGCAGAUGCAUUUAAAUCUUACACUGGUGAAGGGGUGAUUUUUAUAAUGCUGCAGUAGAGUUGGAUUACUUAGCUCUGUUCUUGUCUGAUAAAUCAAAUAAAUGUUUCAUAUUAUUUCCACAUAGGGGAAAUAAGGAAUACUUUUCUUUUUAUAUUUCUAUGUUUAAAAUUACCUUUUCUGGUCAAAAAAUAACCAACUCGUCAGCUUUCUACUUGUUUUUACAUUUCCCUUUCUCUUGGGCUAAAGAUAGUCCUUUUUCACUAGCAUCAUCACUGCUAGUGAAUAAUUCACAGCAUAAUUGUGCAAGCAUAUUUAAUGCUGGGUUUAAUUUAAUAUGUAAUACAUAUAGUGACUGACUAUGUAGGGUAAUACCCAUAACAGCUGUAGUUUCCUACUUGGCCAGGAGAAUUCAUAUUUAAGUAUUAGAUUUCUACUUUGGUGAAAUCUUAUAUCAGAAGAUGUUGGAAGGAGGGAUUCCCUUUGGUGUUUGGUCUUUUACUUAGGAAAUAUCAGUUGAGUUUAUCUUUGUAUUUUGGAGAGAGUCUGAGGUUUGAAUUACUUGAAAUAAAUAGAGGGGAACCUAAGUUUUUGCUCCAACAUGAAUUAUAAACUUGAUGAGAUCCAUGGUUCUUUAUUGUAGAGUUGUUGGUAUUAUAAAGGAUUCAUUGUUCUCUUAUUCAGCUCUGAAAUACUGCAACCAUAUUUUCACCUCUUUUUCCCUCUCCAAGGAUAAAGAAAAUGAUAAAUUUUCUGUUGUAUAUUCAGUUCCUAUAUUAAAUGAGACUAAGUCCAGGCACUGUACAAGGAAUUUUUAGGUUUCUACCUAUCUUUCAUUUAAAUGCUAAUGUACUUUGCUUAUUUGAAGAAUCAGUGGUAGGAACAGUAAAGUAAUUCCAUUGAAUACAUUUUUUAAAUAGCACACAUCUGAAAUUAAAGUCAAUUCAGAUUCUAAUCCUUUGCUGUACACAAGCAGAUAGAAAUGCAUCUUAUAUAAGAGAAAAAGCUGUAUGCUAAUUAAGCAUGCUUUUUAAACCCUUUAAAAAUACUCAGCAUAUAAACUUAGCAUUUGAGCUUGCCAGUGUUCUUUUUGUUAAUGUGUGUUCUUUCUCAAAAUUUCCAAUGUAGGCUGUGAAUAACUCAAGAAGACCAGUUGCUUUUGAAUUCCUUAUUUGAUUUAUUUACUUGACUACACAUUACCUAAGUAUAUUCUAACAUUGCAAAUAUUAACCAUAAAUGGGUAAAACUAAAACUGGUCUUCUGAAAAUGUGUUCUGUGCUUUUAGACUUUUAAGUUCCACAAAUAAAAAAUACAUUCAUUUUCAUAGAAACUCAAUAUAUCAUUUUAAACAAAUGUUCUUUUUUUGUGCUAAUAAUGCUGUAAGAAGGAAAAAGUAAAGGGUUUUUCCUGCUUAAAACUAUAUAGUUGUUGGAUAUUUCUAGCUACAUUAAAAAUAAAGUAUGGUUUCAAACUGGA